AUGGCGCUCACGGUGCGGGUCCUGAAAGGCCAUAACGAGCUAGCGUUUCGGCUACUCAAGCGCAAACUCGCAGAUGUAGGUUUAACCAAAGAGUUGCGAAGACGUCUGACUUAUGAAAAACCGUCUGAGAAACGCCGUCGAAUAGAGCAUGAAGAAGAACGGCGGCAGGCGCGGCGAGCGUUGCAGCAUAACCUGCGUUUCAUCCUCUCUCGGAUGGCACGUGGUUUCUAA